GAUACUUGCAUUGGGUGUUUGUUACCAUGCCUGCUUGAAAGAACGAGAACAUUAUCGUACAUACAUUGCACACUAUUUCCGUGCACCUUGUCACGUGCAUGAUGGAGAGAAGCAGAUCAUGAAUGAAAUAAAAUGUUGUCAAGAGGUUUUCUUCUACAACUGCCACUUGGAGAGGGACAUUGCUCGUACUAACAAGACGCUUAUGGAAAACGUAUUCAUUAUGGUUGUAUGUAUAGAACUUCGUAUUCCGCUUUUCCUAGUCGGUCGACCCGGGAGCUCAAAGUCUCUUGCAAAAACAAUACUGUUUGAUGCCAUGCUAGGUAAUGCUUCAAGACGGUAUCCUUACAGAGAACUAAAACAGGCUCAGAUGGUAACCUUCCAGUGCAGUCCAAUAACUGCCAAGAGUGGUAUAGAAAAUGCAUUCAGUCAAUGUGCUCAGUUGCAGAGGGAUAAAGACUUGGAUACAUUUGUCUCAGUUGUUGUUCUUGAUGAUAUGGACAUGGCAGAUAAUAGUACAGGAAUGCCCCUUCAGACCCUUCCUCAACUUCUUGAUGAUGGAGUUCUAGGUUUGGAGUCGCCAGCAACCCACAAAAAGGUUGCAUUUAUUGGUAUUUCCGGUCACGUUCCUGAGCCAGCUUUAGUAAACAGAGGAGUUAUUGUACAGACAGAGGUACCAGAUCUUCAACAGCUCAAGGACAUUGCAAGUUCGAUGUGCAUAUCGGAUUCUGACCUGAUUACACCUUUGAUUGAGCCUAUGGCCAAGUCGUACCUAGAAAUCGUCGAAACUACUUCUAAAACAACGGGAGAGUUCUUUGGACUAAGAGAUUUCUACAGGUUUUUAAAGACGGUUUUCAAUUUCACAGACAAAUCUAGGCGAAAAGCAACGUGGCAUGAAUUAUUAUAUUCUAUUAAGAGAAACUUUGGUGGGCUUGACAGCGUAGUUGCUCCAGCUGAGAUUUUAAGGAAAAACUUAACCACGGUUGUUCGUUUUGAACUAGAGCCAAGACCUUCCGACCCAGACUGUACGCUACUUGGACUUGUUCAAACUCAACUACAAAGUGACGGUCGAUACCUACUUUUGAUGACAGAGAAUUAUGGAUCUCUAAACAUCAUACAACAGACGUUAUUCAAGAGACUGGAUAUCAAAUAUAUUACCAUGUUUGGAAGCAGCUUUCCAGGUGACCAAAAGGAUACAAAGGUUUGUCUUUACUUGGAAGAGAUCAAAUAUUUUAUGCAAAAUGGAAGCACAGUCGUCUUACUGAAUCUUGAGAGACUAUAUGGAAGUCUGCAAGAUGCUUUGAAUCAGUAUUACAUAUACUUUGGCGGAGAAAGAUAUGUAGAUCUUGGACUUCCUACACAUAGAAUUAAGUGUCCUGUGCAUAAAAACUUCAGACUUAUAGUGGUAGAGGAAAAGAACACUGUAUAUAAGAAGUUCCCAAAAACUCUGCUAAGUCGAUUCGAGAAACACGUUUUCACCCACACAAACAUACUGCCCUUAGAACAGAUCCGGGUUGCACAUGAACUUGAAGACUGGGUCAAAACUUUGAUGACGCAAAGGAAGGACAUAGGUCGCAGAGCCAAAGUUGAGGAUGUUUUUAUUGGUUAUAAUGGUGACACGUGCGCUUCUGUUGUUCUCGAUAUAUGGGACAAACAUAAGCAUUUAGAAUAUACAAUGGAAAAGGAUUCAAAGGUUCUUCGAGAAGCAAAAUCUGUGUUGCUAUGGUGUGCUACACCCGAAUUGCUUGAAAGGAUAGACAGCAGUAGUUUAUCUAACCCAGAGAAAAAGUUUCUUAAAGGACUGUAUUUGACAGAGCAGGCACAUGACAGUCUCAUCCAGUACCUAAAUGUAGCAAUUGUACUACGACAACGCAGGCAGCUUUUCACCCAGAUAACCACUCAUUCCAAACUAAUAUCGGCUGUUCAGAAGACGGAUAUCAGCAAGGCAACAGAAAUAUGUGCAGAGAACAUUUCCAUUCUGAGGACUCUGACUUCAUUCGAAACGGAAGAGCAGUUUGUAAAAACGAUUCGACAACACAUUCAACGAGCAGACAAGGACCCAAGCCUGCUGUUUGUACAGUGUGACGCUGGUGACGAAAAUGACAACCUUAUAGCUUUUGCCCGAUAUUGCGUUACAGAUCAACUUGAAAAGAUGAAAGAUGAGUUACGGGCACCGGUGCAUGUUGUUUUGAUUAUUCAGCUUCAAAGAGGAACUUCUUACACUGGAUUUCAGUGCGGACUUUGGCAUUCAGUGCAUAUAGAUGACUUGAAAACGGAACAAAUAUAGAAUGACAAGUCUGAAAUAUAUACGAAAGGACAAAUUUCACCUCCAUAUUGGUAUAGAAAUUAAUCUUGAAACAAAUAUCAAACACUAUGUGAUAGAUAUUGAAUUGUGAAUGCAUAUACAUGUAGUUUUGUUGAUUGUGUUGUUAACCUAUCGUACUAACUUUCCUAGAAUGCAAAUCAAUUGUCUAACGGUAUAAUUCAGUUGCCAGGAAAUUACAGCAGUAUUUUAAUUUUUCAUUGCAAGCGCUUUCAGUAUUAAACAUAUCUUCAGGCAGAUACAUUUUGAAAACAAUGAUACAGAAAUUUGAAAGUUAGGAGAGCACAAUGCCAUAUGACUGUUUAGAUGUUCUCCAAAUAAUCUGUUCACUGUUGUGUAUUCCGUGUAUUUUUGUAAGAGGCAAGUAGGCAAAAUGUCUCUAAUGUACUUACCGUUCGCUCAACUUGUGUAAGCUUUUCACUGUCCGCUUUGAUGUUAUGAAUGUAAAGAAGUAAGCUUUACAAAUAUGGGAAAUGAGAGCACGAAACGCUGAACAACAGAGCUAUUCGAUCUCGUGGCUUCGUUUCAGUAUCACUUUGUUGUUAUCACGUAUUGUACGAUCAAUCUGGCAAUCGUCAGUUCUCUUUUGCAUUUAUUUGAGAAUUGAUUAUCUCUUUAGAAAAGAUGAAAGUCAUAGUAUAUGGUUGUUUAAAGCUAGUGUAAUAUGUUAGAAGCUAUCUUGUAUAAAUAGCGAGGCAAUUCCUUAAACAUAUAAUAAAAUGGCAUGUCUAAAGAUGAGGAGAAAAUUAUGUUUGCAGAUAAUACAUACAUUCGUUAACAUAAUUAUAUUUACUAAAGACCUAGUAGAAAUCUGACAGUCGUCAUAACGCAUACUAUCAACAGUCGAUAUAUCACCUAAGAUUUGUAAUUUUGAGUGAGUUAAAGGAUACAUAAAAUAGUAUAUUAAUGGAAAUGGAGUACUAGCAUGAUAACGCUAAAACUAGCAUAUUCUCCAAUACCUCAAAUAAUGUAAGAAAAGGAAAUUUAAUCGUUAUUAAUUUCCGGCUUUAUAUGUUUGUGAAUUCUGCGUGCAUCUACUGUUUAUAAUAAUUGUUUGCGAAAAUGCACUAAAUGCAUGUUUUUUAAAGUUUAGAAUUGUUACUUCGUAAAAACGAGCUGCUAUUCCCUAAAUAAUUAUAAGCCCCCGGUUGCUGUAAAUGGUUGCUCCAUUGUCAUUUGUCGACUAACACACAUGCAGGCUAUUAUUUUGUCUUAAUUGCUUUCCAGUUUUAUCACAGAUCGCUA